ACGGAUUCUCGUGCUUCUCUGGGCGUCUCAAUACAAUACUACCSAGGUAUGCUGUUUCUCGCUUCCGAAUUUGAGUCCGAUCGCACGGCCGACGUCUCUGUUGGUCCGGAACCCAAAGACACGAUCGGGUGACUUCUCCCUGCCAUCUGGUGACAAAAACAAUUACAAUAAGGUCGGGAGAACUCGGUACUUAAUAUCGGUGAGAGGAGGGAGCAGUGAUAACGAUUACAAYAUGGAAAAUAACGAAAGCAACAGACCAAAUCAGACAUUGCUGACAUCUCCMUCUGCAUCAGCAGUUGCACCAUAUUAUUUGGUUUGGUCGCCGGGAUUUGCCAAAAAAUUUGGGCUGGCAACCACCUUUCUUCUUGUGGUCCGCAGCAUCCAUYUCUCGGAAUGGGACUACCUCCGAUUCUUCGCUCAGCACAGCAGUCUCUCUGGUUCCGCCCUGUUCAGCCAUCCUUCCUUUGUGUCGAACCUUGUAUUGCCGCUGUUGUCGAGUUCGUGCUGUGCGCUCCAGCUMCUUAUCAACGCGGUGUCGACCCUAAUCGGAGCCGGUGCGGGAUGUGUCGGAUUCAAUUCCUUCCUCGGCCCGGUUCGGCCCUAUCUCAUGGCGGUGCUGCUGGUCUCCAAUGCCACGACGGGAAUCGUCAAGCCGACGCUCGGUUCCAUAGCGGGGUUGGUCCUUCGAUCGUCGAUCGCCUUUUUGCCGGAACUCGUGUUCUGGCGGAACGAARUCCUCCGCAGCAAAUGGCGGAAUCGGCGGAACACAAGCGACCAACCGACGGCAACGAGCRCAACACYGGCACCGGAAGACGGUGCUACCGGCACGCUGUUGCGGGCGACGCUGGUCGUAGACGUGCCAUCUAUGGGCUGUGUGGCCUGCAUCAACAAGAUCGAAUCGAGCCUGAGGCAGUGCUCGCCAAAGAAUAUCGACGGGGCGACCUCCUGGCUGAACGACGAGGAGACGAACAAKAGCCAGASCGGGAAGAAGGGGGGCCGUGCAAAAAUCGAAGUCCGUGCCGAAAGCAGAGACGAGCUGGAUGCCGUGACUCGGUCCAUUGUGGGUGCCAUCGAAGACGCCGGGUUUCGGGGAAACACGGUACGGAGCUUGGACACACGUAGUACGUAAMGCGACAACGCAUGCUAUUGGUGUGCUCGUUUCUUCCAUUAUUUWAAARAAAUUAWACUCCUUAUAAACAACUGUAAAGAAC